AUGGGGGGACACACCGGGGAUGGCGUGGGGACACACCGGGAGAUCGGAAGAGCGGGGGCGGCGCUGCCGCCCUUCGGGCCCCGCCUGGCGCGCCCCUUCGCCGCCGUGGCCGCCCUGGCCACCCUGCAGUCCACCCUCACCCUCUGGUCGCUGCGCGGCCUCAGCCUCCCCAUGUACGUCGUCUUCAAGCGCUGCCUGCCCCUCGUCACGCUGGUCACCGGUGCCCUGGUGCUCCGCGACGGCAUGCCCUCGCCCGGCGUCCUCGUCGCCGUCCUCAUCACCACCUGCGGCGCCGCGCUGGCCGGAGCUGGAGACCUGACUGGGGAUGCUAUGGGCUAUGUGACAGGCGUGCUGGCCGUGCUGAUACAUGCUGCCUACCUGGUGCUCAUUCAGAAAACCAGUGUAGACAGUGAAUACGGACCCCUGACAGCUCAGUAUGCCAUUGCUGUUUCGGCCACCCCUUUCCUCAUCAUCUGCUCCUUUGCCAGCAUGGAUUCCAUCAACGUCUGGUCCUUCCCGGGGUGGAAGGACCCUGCCAUGGUAUGCAUCUUUAUUGCUUGUGUCCUGAUUAGCUGUGCCAUGAACUUUACCACCCUUCACUGCACUUACAUUAACUCGGCUGUGACCACCAGCUUUGUGGGGGUGGUGAAGAGCAUCGCCACCAUCACGGUAGGCAUGGUGGCAUUCAAUGAUGUGGAGCCCACAAAGUUAUUUAUAGCUGGUGUUGUGGUCAACACCUUGGGCUCUGUCAUUUACUGCGUGGCCAAGUACGUUGAGACCAGGCGGCAGAGCAACUAUGAGGACCUGGAGAAAGAAGCUAGAGAAGAGGAGGGGAAAAGGCAGGCUGGAGACCAAGCUCUCUUUGCCAUGGAGACAGUUUCCCAGGGGAAGGGGGCUGAGGAAGCAGCGGUGGAAGGAUCAUCCACAGGGCAGAGACAGAGUGAAGAGGAAGAGAAGGACGUCACUGAGAAAUCAGCCAAGGCACUUGUUGUUCAGGGAAAAUCCACCAUCACACAAGAAGUGAACAGAAGCUCGCUGAAAGAAGCCUAUCUUGGAGUAUGGAGGUUGGUGAGGGGUGCUAAUUAUAUAAAAAAGGAUUAUUUGAUAGAAAAUGAAGAGCUACCAAACCCUUAAAAAGCAGAUUUGAAAACCUAUUGCUUGAGGACAGAUACCUGGUUUUCUGUACAGGGGGAAGGCAGAGCAUACAUUUCCACAUCAAUGCUUACAAAUCCAAAUCAUUCAGGAUGACUUUACCUCAUUGUCAAAAAGCAAAAGGUUACAGUUUGCUCAUGCUUUGGCUUGCUUUCAGCUGCUUUCAGUAUGUCACUUCAGACCCACCUCAGCUAAGGUGCUGACACUCUGCUGCAGACACAGAGAGAGCUGGGUAAAGGAAAGUCAUGGGGUGCUUGCCCAGCAGCAGGGAAUAUGAAGGACAUCAGUGCCAUUGAGACACUUGGCAGUGCCAGUUACACAGCAGUGGCCUAUACCUUAGAUUGUGUCUGGAGCCUAGUGAUUUUAACACGUUUGGAGGCUCUGUCAAUGUGCUUCUGUGUCUGUAUCCAUCCAAUUAUAGGUACUCUACAUAACUAAUUCCUACAAUAUAAACUCAUAUUAACUGUACUUUUUUGUGCUCCUUUGUGUCAAUACAAUUUCAAGAGAGCUAGAGGUUGUGCCACUUCAGUUGUAUUGGUGUAAAAUCUCUCUCUUACCUGACGAAUUGAAGCCCUCCAGGCUGAGCCUUGGACCUGGUUUACAUUGGGUGCUUUGUGUCUUCAGUAGAAAUACUUCAGUCUUUUGGUGGUGUACAUGAAAGCAGAAGCAGGUCUGAGCUUCUAAGAAGCUUUGAUUGGCAAAAGAAGGAUGUUUAUCUAUGAGCUUUAACUACACGUAACAUUUGGAAUAUUAGCUUGACUCAAAUAGAAUGGCUUGAAAACGUUGGUAUGUAUUGACUGGAUUUGGGAGGGCUAUAAAAAUGUAGGGAGAAAGCGUGUGCCUUGUGUUAUCCCUCCUUGUACCCUUAAGUCGGAUGAAUCAGAGCCUGGACUGGAACCCAGGUGUCCUCUUGUAAGCAGAGACUGAGAGCAGAGCAGAGCAGAGCUGGGGACACCAGCUCUGAAGUUCCCAGGGGUGCUCUUGCAGGACAGUUGUGUUACAUCCCGGCCACGUGCUGGUGCCUGGCUUUGUGUGUAUCCACCCUGGCUGUGCCUGUGCUGAGCUGUGGGUGGAACACAGUGCGGGCAGGCAGCCGGAGCUGCCCGGAGCUCCGGCACAUCCCAUGGCCGAGUGCUGGGGAGCGGGCUGCUCGGUGUGUUUGGCACGAGGACACCCGUGGCUUUGGUGGAAGCAGCUCCCCAGUGCCCAGGCUGUCCCUGUCCCCGUGGGCUGGAGAGGCAGAGCUGCCUCUCGCCUUGGACGCUCAAGCGCUUGUGUGGGAAGUGGGAAGCAGGCACUCCAGCGAGGCCUCUGCUGAAUAUGCUAGUAUUUUGUUCCACAUCUGUUUAACUGGAAAGACUGUGGAAACAAAUGUUUGAGUGCUUCUUUGCCUGAAGAUAUCCUUUUGGUAGGUGGGAGUACUUGGGUGGAACCUCUGCUGAGAGUAGACAGAGAAAAGAUUUGACUGAGUAUUUCUCACCCCGAAAGGGUGCUGCAGCCACUGGGGCCACCUUGA